GGCGUUCCGCGGAGUGCUCGCUGUGACGCAAUAGGAACUCGUCCUUUUCGUCGCGCUACCGUGAGUGGAACAUGUCGUAUACUGAACGAAGAAACGACGAGCAAUGGCCUGGAGAGAGUAAGAAUGGCCCGAGCGAAGGAGAACAGCCGAUGUAUGCGGGGGGACCCCCAGGAAUGGACCCCGAUGGCAUCAUCGAGUCUAACUGGGAAACCGUCGUCGAUAAUUUCGAUGAUAUGAACCUGAAGGAAGAGCUGCUGCGCGGUAUCUAUGCCUAUGGUUUUGAAAAGCCCUCCGCUAUUCAACAGCGUGCCAUUUUGCCCUGCGUCAAGGGACAUGAUGUCAUCGCCCAGGCUCAGUCGGGUACUGGUAAAACUGCAACUUUCUCCAUUUCAAUUCUGCAGAAGAUUGAUACGAACAUUAAUGAAUGCCAGGCCUUGAUCCUCGCGCCAACCCGUGAAUUGGCCCAGCAGAUCCAAAAAGUAGUGAUUGCUCUUGGUGAUUUCAUGCAUGCACAAUGUCACGCAUGUAUUGGAGGAACGAAUGUCCGCGAGGACAUGCGCAGGCUGGAGCAAGGAGUUCACGUGGUUGUUGGUACUCCUGGUCGAGUAUUCGACAUGAUUAGCCGACGUGCACUACGAUCAAACAGUAUCAAACUGUUUGUUCUUGAUGAAGCCGACGAGAUGCUCUCCCGUGGUUUCAAGGAUCAAAUCUACGACGUCUUUAAGCUAUUGCCAGCUGAAGUUCAGGUUAUUUUAUUGUCUGCUACCAUGCCAAGUGAUGUAUUGGAAGUAUCCAAGUGUUUCAUGCGUGAACCCGUUCGUAUUCUUGUGAAGAAAGAGGAACUUACUCUUGAGGGUAUCAAGCAGUUCUUUAUUUACAUUGAGCGUGAAGAUUGGAAGUUGGAUACCUUGUGCGACUUGUAUGAUACUCUGAGUAUCACUCAGGCUGUUAUUUUCUGCAACACCAGACGCAAGGUCGACUGGCUUACAGAUCACAUGCACCAAAAAGACUUUACUGUAUCCGCUAUGCACGGAGACAUGGAGCAACGCGAGCGUGACCUCAUUAUGAGGCAAUUCCGUACCGGCUCUUCCCGUGUUUUGAUUACCACUGAUCUUCUUGCUCGUGGUAUUGAUGUCCAGCAAGUUUCCUUGGUCAUCAACUAUGAUUUACCCUCUAACCGAGAAAACUAUAUUCACAGAAUUGGACGUGGUGGUCGUUUCGGUCGUAAAGGUGUUGCGAUUAACUUCGUGACUUCUGACGAUAAAAGAAUACUGAAAGAUAUUGAACAGUUUUAUAACACUCAUAUUGAUGAGAUGCCAAUGAACGUCGCUGAUUUGAUCUAAGUCCCCGAUGAUUGGCUAAAUUCAUUAUUAUAAAAGAAAAUAAAAGUAAGUGAAAUACGGAGCUCUCAGCCGAUCUUUCAUGGUGUGUGAGUAUAAUAAUACUGAGUGAGUUCGUGAAAACCAUAAUCGCUUGUGUAAAAGCGCAAAUAUACCACAGAUAAUUCCAACGAUUCUUCUCUGAAUUGAAUUGAUUUCAUUUUAUAUAACAAGUAGCUCACGAUAGGUAAAAAAUAACUAGCUUACCUGUUGUAUUACAAACGUUAUUAUUACGACUACCGAAAAUAAUUACUCCAAAUAUUAUUACUAUUAUUAUUACUAUUAUAUUAAUUAAUUAAUGAAAAUUAGUGUAAACACCGGUUAGAAUCAUUGUAAAGCGGCUCGAGCGUUUGUAAGGCGCGGUAGGCGCGCGCGUGGCCCGAGUCGCACUCGGCGGCCCGCGAGAGCAGCAGCUACCGGUUUAGGAAAUGAAUUUCAUUUACUUUAUGAUAAUCAAUCUUUUCACGCUCACUGUAAUUAUGAUUAUUUCUCUUUGGGAGGUGAUAUUUCUCCUUUCGCUUUUUUUGAUUUCUUCUCAUAUUUUAAUGCAUGAAGCUAAAACAAAUAAAUAUUCGCAUAUCGAUUUUCAAUUCACGCGUUAUAAUAAAAAUGAUAAUAUUUUUUCGAUGUUUUUAAUACCAAGACUGCGACAUGUUUGUCUAGGCAGAGGUAUAGUUGGCUUUUGGAAAGGCUAUUUUAAUCACAAGCGCUCAAGAAGGAGAUGUACUCGUAAAAAUGUAGCUUAUUGUGUGAAUUUUGUAUAUUAUACAUUUAUCACAGGAUGAUACUCUGUGAACAUUUUAUUUCUUUGUUAUACACGAUUUAAUAAAAUGUGUUUUAUCAAUCACAGUGAUGAAUAAUUAUUGUUAUUAUUUGUAUCUUAUGAAAAGGGAGCAUUUCCAACUCAAACGAUGCCACUGAAUAGACAAACCGCGACGCUAAAGUUUUUGUAUAAAUUUGUCAUAAUGCGAAAGCCAUGAAAACGGUAUUUCUAUCUCUCUUUCUUCUUUGGCUCUGUCGAUCUAUUCUCUAGGCAAUUGAAACAAAAUAAUAUAAAUAAAAUAAAUAAGAUAAUGAUCACGCGAGGAAAAAUUCAGAAGUUUUGACGGUUUGUGUUUGUAUUUCCAGGCAUUUCUGGACGCAGCACGAAUGGGGGAGAAUAUUUUUGGAAAUAAAGACCAAAUUUCCCGAUUGAACAUGCACUCUCGUGAAUCGAUCACCCUUCUGAUAAUCCUGAAAAUCUAAACAAAACAAUUUACGAAAAUUUACGGCACACACACACACUUCCUCACAUUGAUGGCUACUGCAGUUCCGUUUAAUUGUUACUUUUUUUUGAAAGAUCAUGGAAACGAAGGAGCAGAUCGUUUUAUACUUUAUUAAUAAAACAUGCCAACUUAUUAAGAUUAGUGCAUUACGUAUUUUAUUGAAUUGAUUCCUUAUGAUAAGUAAUAAUUACGAGAUUAUGAAGGCAACGUGUUUCAAUUCCUUUUGUACUUUUACAGUCUUUCGACCCUGGAUGUAGUACUUUUAGUGAAUUUGUAAAUAACAUUUCAGAUGAAAAACCUUUUUUUUAGAAGUUCUUGCAUACAAUGAUCGUAUGACAUUUAGAUAAGAAAAUAGAGAGAUAAAAAUAACGUUACUGAAAGAGUAGCGAUAUGUAAUUGUAUUUAUACUUUUACAAAGCUUCUCAUAUCUUUGGGUUUAUUUCUUGUUGGUUAUUAUUUUGCUCACUUGCCUAUCGUUUUGAUAUCCAUAUUUUAAUAAUGAAGGUCGUAAAAAAGAAACGACAGAAGUGAAAGGAGAUCUCGGUAAAAUUAUCUCACAACAGAACCGGCUAGUUAACCAAUUUAUUCAAAAUGUGUGCAUAAUCGUUUUUUGUUUAAUCAAAUACACAUAUAGUUAGGUAGUUAGAUAGAUAAUUGUCAUCUAUAGAAAAAAAGCUGUACUCCGUCAGCCCUGAAGAGUCAAUGCUUCCGAUCUAAUUGAUUGUACAUCACUUAUAUUAUUUACGUGCUGGUAAAAUAGUAGCUAAAAGUUCUGCACAUAUUGUCUGGAAAAAAAUAGUGUGAACAUUUUCCCCUUUCGCCACUUUAGAAUCACGACUAAAGAUAAUGAAAAAUGCAUGUGUACCGCUUCUUUCUAGAGAAUUCAAGUUUCACAAGUCUGGGAUCUACGACUUUUUGUGUGAGGAAUGUUUAUUUUUCAAGACUGUUUAUGUCUGCCACGGAUUAAUUAAGAGGUUUUACAAUUAACUAUUUAUUUAAUAAUAUUUUAUAGCAGGACUAAACUUUAUUAAAAAAAAAAGUUGAAUGAACUGAGAUUGUGCAACUAAUGUGUUCAAUAGAGAGACAAAAAUAAUGAGAAGCAAACUACUAUAAAAGGACAAGAGUACUGAUUGCCGAACCGGGGAAUGUCCUUGUCCUCCUGCGUUCGAAGAAUGUUACGUAUGGGUGGAAUUGACGUAUUCAGUAUUGAAAAUUCCUCAAAACCUUUUUCUAUUAUAUUGUAAGCAUAGGUCCAGGACCAUUGUGAACGAAUACGGGACAGUCAGGUACCGGAUAUUGAGCAUUUGCUGUGUUUUUACAUCUUAAAAAACUGACUGUUAACUAACGUGUACAUUCUGAAUGAUGUAGACAAGUAAUAUGUGCGAAUAAAUAUUUAUUCAUGGAAAUAAAGUAUCCCUCACUUUUUUAGUA